GCAGCCACAGGACAGCACAGAAACAAAGAGGAUUGCUUUAAAACAUGAAACAUUCGACGUGGAUCAGCGCUCUGUCAAUCCUGCUUUAUUUCUCCUCAGGAUCUGCAGAUUACAGGGAAAAGCGUCAGAUCCCAGCGAGGAGUUUGGAAGGCGUUUGUCGAUUCGGCAGCAGACUGGAGUGCUGUUAUGGAUGGAAGAAAAACAGCAAAGGACACUGUGAAGCUCAGUGUGACCUGGGCUGCAAACACGGCGAGUGUGUCGGCCCCAACAAAUGCAAGUGCUUCCCAGGAUACACCGGAAAGACAUGUAGUCAAGAUCUGAAUGAGUGCGGUCUAAAACCUCGGCCCUGUGAACAUCGCUGUAUGAACACGUUUGGUAGCUAUAUGUGCUACUGCUUAAACGGAUACAUGCUGAUGUCUGAUGGCUCCUGUGCAAACUCAAGGACAUGUUCUCUGGCUCACUGUCAGUACGGCUGUGAGGAGGUGCAGGGUGAGGUUCGCUGUCUCUGUCCGUCUCCUGGCCUGCAGCUGGGAUCUGAUGGGAAGACCUGUGAGGACAUUGAUGAAUGUGCAACCGGGAAAAACCAGUGUCCGUUCAACCGUCAGUGCACCAACACAUUUGGAAGCUACUACUGCAAGUGUCAGACGGGUUAUGAUCUCAAAUACCUCAAUGGGAAAUACGACUGCGUUGAUAUAAAUGAAUGCGUGUCCAACACACAUAAGUGCAGUCAUCAUGCGGAGUGCAUCAACACUCAUGGAUCCUACAAGUGUAAAUGCAAGCAGGGUUUCCGUGGCAGUGGAUUUGAUUGUUCAGCUAUUCCUGAUUUCCCCUCUAAAACUCGUAUUUUGGGAGGAAAGUUUGACAACACCAUCCCCGAGCCUCCACUCCGUCUGCAACCCUUCGACUACGAAGGUGAGGUCUACAUCGGCCCUCCGGAGCAGAAACCUGUGUUUCCAGAGGAGGAGAAGUUUACUGAUGAGGAAGAGGAGGAAGACGACACUGGAAACCAGCUGGAGGACGAGGAGCUGAACCCCAGAGGAGACGCUUUCUUUCCAGAUGAUUUUCUGCCUGUUUACGGUCCAGAGUCAGAGCCGAAGGAGAUCCAGGCAGCGCCGCUGAAGGAAACAGGAUUCCUGACGGACUGUGACUUUGAUCGCGGUGCAUGUGAAUGGGUGCAGGAUGAUCAAGAUGAUCUGGACUGGACCAUCAGAUAUCAUGAAAACGGAAGGGAGUAUUUCUUGGCUCUGGAAGGUCCUGUGGGGAACAGGAAGGAGCAGGCGAGGAUGAACCUGCUUCUGGAUGAUUACAUGCGUCAGAACAGCUUCUGUCUGAAAUUUGAUUAUCGCAUUCAGGGUCAGAACAUGGGCGUCUUACGAGUGAUGCUGGACACCAGCGCUGUGGCUGUCUGGGAGAGAAGAAACCCUGUGAACGACAGCUGGCAGUCCGAGCAGAUCACCAUCAGCUGGACAGAAGACACGCCACACGCCAUCAUCUUUGAGGCCGAGCGUGGUAGGUCAGCAAGCGGAGAGAUCGGUCUGGAUCACGUGGUUCUGAUCUCUGGAUCCUGUUCUGAUGAUAAAUCUGACAUCUUUUAGCGGCGACACAAAGGACAUCGUUUAGACUGUGACUUUAUUAACCAUCUCAACAACAACAAAAGACUUCGCUGAUUAAGCUGUUGCUCAGCUUUCAUAAUACACAGGUGCAAACCUGCAUGAAAAUGAGGAGAAUUACAUUCAUGUCAGUGUUAUUGAUAUUCUGUUUUCUGAUUGUAGGUAGAUAACAGUCAAUGUAUGAUU